AUGGAUGUUUGCCAUAUUUUACUUAGAAGACAAUGGCAAUACGAUAUUCAAGCUAUUCAUAAGGGGGGAGAGAACACCUAUAAGUUCCAAUGGAUGAACAUGAAGAUUAUGUUGAUGCCCCUAAGCAAGAAGAAUGAGGAAAAAGUCAAUCAAAAGAAGGUUGAAAGUCAUCUUUCUAUCAAUGUAAGUGGAAAGAAAUUUCUAGAAACCAGAGAAUCUGAUAUUUUGGGACUUGUUAUUGCAGAUCCUCAUACUACAGAAAUUUAUAGCUUGAUUCCAUCGAAGGUACAAGACCUAUUGAGCCAAUUUCAACCUAUAAUGGAGGAACCCUCUAAAUUGACUCCUCUUCCAGACAUCCAACACAUUAUUGAUUUGCUACCUGGCUCAUCUCUUUCCAACCUUCCUCAUUACAAAAUGAGUCUUAAGGAGUAUGAGUUCUUACACCAGCACAUUGAAGAUUUGUUGAAAAAAGGGCAUAUUCAGCCAAGCAUUAGCUCUUGUGCUGUACCAACUCUAUUAACUCCAAAGAAGGAUGACAACUGGAGGAUGUGUGUAGACAGUCGAGCCAUCAACAAAAUCACAUACAAGUAUCGCUUCCCUAUUUCAAGGAUUAAUGAUCUCCUUGAUUAA